AUGACAUGGAGCAGAUCAUCAAAUUGGUGGAGGCUAAGGUUGAUAGCAAAAGUAUGGAUUUGUUUUCUUCUUUUAGCCUUGGCAUCUGUUUCAGCAACUGACAGUUUGGAACAACAAGCUUCUGCUAGUCAGAAUCAUGUGAAAGAGGUUGAAUCUAAUUACUUGGUCACGGUGUCAAAAUCACACACCGGUGGAAUCCCUGGCUAUCAUCAUGUCUGGCCUGAAAUAAGAUUUGGAUGGAAAAUUGUGGUUGGUACAAUAAUUGGAUUCCUUGGAGCAGCAUUUGGAAGUGUAGGAGGUGUUGGAGGGGGUGGCAUUUUUGUUCCAAUGCUGACUCUCAUUAUUGGCUUUGAUCAGAAAUCAGCAACUGCAAUAUCAAAAUGCAUGAUCACUGGCGGAGCAGCUGCCACUGUGUUGUACAAUCUAAGACUAAGGCAUCCAACACUUGAGUUGCCACUUAUUGACUAUGAUCUUGCACUUCUUUUCCAACCAAUGUUAGUGUUGGGAAUCAGUAUUGGAGUUUCUCUGAAUGUUGUUCUUUCUGAUUGGAUGAUCACAAUCUUACUAAUUAUUAUUCUCUUAGGUACAUCAACUAGAUCCUUCUUCAAAGGUGUUGAGACAUGGAAGAAAGAGACUAAAACCAAAAAGAUUUUACUGGAGGCUGCUAAGAGCCUGGAAUCAAAAGGUGAGGUUGAUUCUUCACUUUCUGUUAUAUCUAUCAUCACAGACGUUGAGGACAUAAAUAAAGAUAGUGCUGGUACAACCAAAGAGCCAACAGAAACCAAGCAAGUUAAAAGAAAAGAGGUUUCUAUUCUUGAAAAUAUUGGCUGGAGGCAACUUGGAAUUAUUGCUAUUGUGUGGGCUAUAAUUCUUGGAUUGCAGAUUGCUAAGGAAACUUGCUUGUUGGAACAGAAUUACAAGGCAAAAUGCUCAGUGGCAUACUGGACACUAGACCUCUUGCAGAUUCCUGUGACUCUUGUAGUAACUUCUUAUGAGGUACUUAAACUGUCCCAAGGAAAGAGAAUACUUGCAUCAAUAAAGGGAUCAGAAACUGGUACAAAGUGGAGAACUUACAUGCUUGUUAUCUAUUGCGUCUGUGGCAUAGCAGCUGGGUUAGUUGGUGGAUUGCUUGGUCUUGGUGGAGGCUUUAUCAUGGGUCCAAUGUUUUUGGAAAUGGGGAUCCCUCCUCAGGUGUCAAGUGCCACAGCCAUGUUUAUCAUGACAUUCUCUUCAUCCAUGUCUGUUGUGGAAUACUACCUCCUAAAACGAUUUCCUAUUCCUUAUGCUCUAUAUUUUGCUGGGGUGGCUACUAUUUCUGCCAUCAUCGGGCAACAUGUAGUAGGAAAAGUAAUCAAAAUAUUAGGAAGAGCCUCUCUGAUCAUCUUCAUUCUAUCUUUAACAAUAUUCGUGAGUGCACUCACAUUAGGAGGGGUAGGCUUAGCGGACAUGGUUAAAAGAAUUGAGCACAAGGAGUACCUGGGGUUUGAGAACAUGUGCACUCCUUGAUCAAAAUCUUCAAACUCUUCGCUUGGUGGCUUCCUCCACGCUCCAACCCCAAGCGUCAAAAUUCUUCCUAUACUUAAAUCAUAUACAAGUCGU